ACACAUUUCUUGACUUGCCAAAUUCGAGUCACCCCCGCCCCUCUUUUGUUAUGGGUGUUGUCGGUUACGUCACAAUAUGGCGGACUGUCUCAGUUUUAGAGGAAUUCGCUUUUUAUUUCUUACAGUUUCCAGUCGAUAAUUACUCAUCAUAACAGCAUUCCUUGGUUGUUUUCCCUCAAGUUAUAUCUGGCAUCUACUUGAUCAUCGGUUUGUGGAUCGUUUUAUUUCACAGUGUGUCCAUCACAGAGCAGCCCAGGACUGGAACUUUCUACCAAACCCGAGGCUGUAACAGCUCAAGAGAUGGAGGUUGACUGUCAGCCAGAAGAGACUCUUGUUUCCUCAAGUGAUGAAGAUUGUAUUGAUCUUGGAGGAGUCAAGGACAUGAGAUUAGAAGCAGAAGCCAUUGUCAAUGAUGUCCUGUUUGCCGUAGCACAAAUGCAUGUGUCACACUGUCUCAACUGUGCAUUAGAUGUGGCCUACAUUAAUGUUGAAACAAAGGAGAGAAACCAGUACUGUCUGGAGCUGACUGAAGCAGGACUUCGGGUGGUUGGCUAUGCCUUUGACCAAGUUAAUGAGGAUGUAAACACUCAGUAUCAUGAGACAGUUUACUCACUUUUAGACUCCCUGAGUCCGGGCUACAGAGAGGCUUUUGGAAAUGCUCUGCUUCAGCGACUGGAGAGGCUAAAACAAAAUGGACGAUAAAAGGACAAAGCUGACAAUGAAAAAAAAAAAAGAUUGUAUCACAUCUGAUUAUAUUUCAGUAUCUAAACCAUUGUGAAAUUAACUACAAUAUUCAUUCACCAUUAACUUGUUAAUUUCAGCACAUAUUGAAAAUGACCACUCUGAAUUCUUUUAAAUUAGAUUUUUCAUUACAUGGCAUCUUGGAAGCACAUUCCUCUUUCAGAGACCACUUUUACAAAUAAACACUUUCCCACCUUC